AUGAGUACUCAAACGAUGGACAACACGGAUAGGAACGUGGAAAUAUGGAAGGUUAAAAAGUUGAUCAAGAGCUUAGAGGCUGCGAGAGGGAAUGGAACUUCCAUGAUUUCUCUUAUCAUCCCUCCAAGAGAUCAAGUUUCUCGGGUCUCUAGGAUGUUAGCAGAUGAAUAUGGUACAGCGUCGAAUAUUAAAUCUCGUGUGAACAGACUGUCUGUACUUGCUGCGAUUACAUCAACGCAGCAAAGACUCAAAUUGUACAAUAGAGUUCCUAAUAACGGUCUCGUGGUUUACUGCGGCACAAUCGUAACGGACGAGGGCAAAGAGAAGAAAGUUAACAUUGACUUUGAGCCAUUUAAACCAGUCAACACCUCGCUCUAUCUUUGUGAUAACAAAUUUCACACAGAGGCGCUAUCAGAACUGUUAGAAAGCGAUAAUAAAUUUGGAUUUAUUGUUAUGGAUGGAAACGGUGCGCUGUUUGGGACGUUGAGUGGAAAUACGAGAGAGGUAAUACACAAGUUUGCUGUCGAUCUGCCCAAGAAGCACGGUAGAGGUGGUCAGUCAGCAUUGCGUUUCGCUCGAUUGCGUGAAGAAAAAAGGCAUAAUUAUGUUCGUAAAGUUGCCGAAUUGGCGGUCCAAUUUUUCAUCGCAGGUGACAAGGUGAAUGUGACCGGGUUGAUUCUUGCAGGUUCAGCAGAUUUUAAGACGGAACUGUCCCAGUCCGACAUGUUUGAUCAACGACUCCAAAGCCGCGUUAUUAAACUUGUCGAUGUAUCUUAUGGUGGCGAAAACGGUUUUAAUCAAGCUAUCGAACUUGCGGCUGAAUCUUUAGCAAACGAGAAAUUCAUCCAAGAAAAAAAAUUAAUUCAAAAGUACUUUGACGAAAUCUCUCAGGACACUGGUAAAUUCUGCUUUGGUGUCGAUGACACACUGAAAGGAUUAGAACUGGGCGCAGUAGAGACAUUAAUUGUCUGGGAGAAUUUGGAUAUUUCACGUUAUAUCUUGAAGAAUUCUGCUGGAACUGAGACAAUGAUCCAUUUAACUAAGGAACAGGAAAAAGAUCGAUCUCGUUUUCAAGACAAGGAAACUGGAGCAGAGAUGGAAGUUGUUGAUAAAUUGUCUCUACUCGAAUGGCUUGCUGAACAUUACAAAGACUUUGGUGCGACACUAGAGUUUAUCACUAAUCGCUCACCGGAGGGAUCGCAAUUUGUCAAAGGAUUUGGUGGAAUUGGAGGAUUACUAAGAUACAAGGUCGAUUUCGAACAGCUGACUUAUGACAGUGACGAUGGUUUUUUGUCUGGGCACGUAGAGACAGAUCUGGUGAAAAAGAUCAUGCAGAUAUAUGAAGAUAUGGAAGUUCAAUGUUCGAAUGAGCGAUAUGCCGAUUUGAUAUGA